AUGUACGUGAGCUACCUAUUGGAUAAGGAGGGGCCCAUGUACUCCAGCUCCGUGCGCCACUCGGGGGGGCUCAAUCUGGCGGCGCAGAACUUUGUCAGCGCCCCGCAAUACCCGGACUACGGAGGAUACCAUGUGGCCGCGGCCGGGGUGAACCUGGACAGCGCCCAGUCCCCGGGCCCCUCGUGGCCCUCUCCCUACGGCGCUCCGCUGCGGGAUGACUGGAACGGCUACGGGCAGGGGGGCCCUGCCACUGCGGCGGCCAGCGCGGUGCAUGGGCUGAACGGCGGCUCCCCCGCUGCGGCCCUGGCUUACAGCCCGGCUGACUAUCACCACCACCACCACCACCCGGGCCCGGCGCCCCACGCCGCCUCCGGGGUCAUGCAGCAGCUCAACCUGGGCGCCCCGGCCGCAGAACAGCUCUCCCCUGGCGGCCAGCGGCGGAAUCUGUGCGAGUGGAUGAGGAAGCCGACACAGCCCGCCCUGGGCGGCCAGGUUAAAACCAGGACAAAAGAUAAGUACCGCGUGGUGUACACGGACCACCAGCGGCUGGAACUGGAGAAGGAGUUUCAUUACAGCCGGUAUAUAACAAUCAGGAGGAAAGCAGAACUGGCCGCUACUCUGGGAUUGUCAGAGAGACAGGUGAAAAUCUGGUUCCAGAACAGGCGAGCGAAAGAAAGAAAGAUCAACAAGAAGAAAUUGCAGCAAUCUCAGCCCGGCGCGGUGCAUAGCGGCUCGCAAGCGUUGAGCCCAGUCUCCUCCCUCCAGGGAUCAACGGGUCCUGGCCCAGCUGGAGGCGUCCUGGGAGCUGCUGGGGUCUUAGCGCCAUCAGUGACCCAGUGA